CCACAAACCCAACCACAAAACCCUAGCACUGUAAGCCUACACCACCGCGGCAAGGAGUGGCAUGCCGCCGUCCGUCCGUCGCACUCAAAGUUCGCCAUCCGUCAUCUAGCUUCCCUCGUGCUCCAAGUCUUCAACCCCUGUUCGCUGUCACCGAUCGCGGCUGCUUCCUCGAGCUCGGCGUCCGUCGUCUUUGUCUGCUCAGCCGCGCUUCCGUCGCUGUUUGUUUGCCGUUCUCGUUCGCGUCUUCGUUCAUCUGUCGUCUUUGUUCGCGUUCUUCGCCGUUCACGUUCGCUUGGCGUUCACCGUUCGCGUUAAUCGCUGUUCACCGUUCGGGUUCGCGUUCAUUUGGAAGCCACGUUGCUCUGCUUCAAACUCUGCGACCAACCCGCGCGCUCCACCCAGCCGUCGAACUGCUCUCUUUUGUCGCCGCCGUGAGUUCCCUAAACCCGCCACCAGACAGUACACUCACACAACACCAAUUCUCUGCUUCAAACUCUGCAACUUCUGAUUUCUAUUACAAUAAGUAAUUAUUUGAUUUGGUAGUGGUUUGGAUUUUUUCAUAGACUGAAUUGAAGUUACAAACUUACAAUAGUUAUGUUCUCUUCUCUAUCACAUUGAAAUUAAGCUUUGAAUUCUCUUAUUUCGUCUUAAUUUUACAGCACUCACCAUGUUUGAUGAAAUGCUUUAACCAUAUUUCUGGUUGGUUUUAUAAUUUCUAGCUUUUAGAAACUUAGUAAGUUGAUUGCAUGUGAAAUUCUAAUAAUUGGAUCAUAGUAAUUAGGAAAUUUUAGCUGCACAAAUAGCAUGAUUAUUCCACUUGCAUUAUUGUUCUUCUGGUAAAUUUUAACUAUUAUUGUGCACUUGUUAAUUUGCUAAUUGUUCUUGUGUUGUUGUUCUGUUGUUCUUCUGUUACUUUUAGUUUUUUUUUGUUUUUGUUUUUGUUGUGGUUUUCUGUUCUUGAACUUGUUAAGUUGAUAAUUUGCUAAAUUGUUGGGCUGCUGUUGUUUUAAUUUGCCAAAUUGUUAGCUUGCUGCGACUUAAUUUGUUGGAUUUUCUAUUUAGGUCCUAUUCUUGUUUAUUUGCUAAAUUGUUGUUGUGUAUUUAUUGUUUAUUUGCUGGAUAUUGGUGAUCAUUGUCUUUGAGAUUAUUUACUAUGCAGGUUUAGUGUCAUCACUGUUUUGGAAUGUUUUAUAAUGUACUAAUGUUUGUUGCUGUUUUGUAAUUGCUAGUUGCAGGUUUAGUAUGAUUAUUGGUUAAUGUUUUGUAAUGUUUGAUACUGAAUGCUGAUUGUUGAGUUCACAUAUGGUUGUUUAUUUUGACUUGGGUAAAGAGACUUAUGGUCAUUUUUUCCUGCCUUAUACCGAUUCAGAUGAUUAUUUUCAGAGGAUGAGCACUUAUUUAUAUAUCUUGAGAAACUGUCUUUCUGUGUGUUAUGAGCAUUUGGUGAAGCCUGUAUUGUACCUAUUCAAAGCUUAGUUUUACGAAAUGGUCUUUAAAGCAACUCAUCCAAAAUGCUACUGUACAAACCCAAGUCUGUUGUCUCUUAAAGCCUGUAUGCACCUUCAUUUGGUGAAACCUUUCUAGCACUAGUCCACUACCAACUUUGUUAUUAAUAAUGUUAUCAAAUUAUUUAUCCGAGUACUAUGUUUAUUUUUCAGUUGGAUUUAUGAUAAUUCAUUUGAUAUUCUUCCUAUUCUUGUCAGAUAUUUCUUUUAACAUUUGAUAUUCUUCCUAUUCUUCCCAGAGCGCAGCCACCUUCCUCCUCCACACACCAUCACCAUUUUCCAUCUUCUUCUCCCUCUGUCUGCUGGCCACCACAGAACCACCGCCGGCUGCCUCCUUCUUCUUCCUCGCCCUUUUUCUUCAUCAUCUUCUUCUCUGUUCUUCGGCCUCACCACCAUAUCCAUCACCCAUCAUCAUCGAACCGCCGCACCACCCUCACUGGCCACCACCUCUGACCACUUCGCCGACAUCAACCCCCCUCUUUCAUUUCUUUUACACGCCACCCAUCACUGUGAACCACUUCAAAUGAAGCGUUCUUUUUCAAACUCCCUCCUCUGUUUCUGCCGCCGGCAGCCCUAGCUCCGCCACGCCUCUCUCUCCCCUUUUCUUCCUCUCUCUCGUCUUCUCUCCCUAACCCAACCUCCCUCUGUCUCUCUCCCAAAACACAGAACCUACAGUUCGCAGAAUCAGAACAGAGCAGCAUUGCUUCUUCUUCCAGCGAGAACCAGCCGACGGCAACCACUUCCAUCCGUCAGAGCUGCCGGUGCUACCACUAGCAGUGCCGCUGCAACAUCACUGCCUCCCCUGUCCCUGCAUUUUCUUUCUCCGUUUUCAAUACAGUGUGCGUAGAACUUGGUUGGCUAUUCGAUGAUGGUAUGUUUGAGCUUUUCAUCCAAAAGUUGUAACCUUUUGGCUCGAGCUUUUCAUGCUGGUAAGUGUUUCUUAAACCCAAGUUCUGGAGAUAUUGUUUUCAAAGCUAUUUGUGUUAACUUAAAGCAUAAGAGAUGGAGUGUGUUGGAGCGACUAUCCCCUAAGCUCACCAGCUCCUUGGUGAGCCAAGUUGUUUGCGAGUUCCAAAACUCGCCACAGUUGGCUUUAGAUUUUUAUAACUGGGUUGGAGGGUUGUUCCCUCACUCAUUAGAUUCCUGUUGCACUUUGGUUCAUGUGCUAGUGAAGUCAAGAAGAUUUCAUGAGGCCCUGUUUCUUCUGAGAAACUUGAUUACUGAAGAUGGUACUUCUCCAUUGGUGGUGUUGGAAGUAUUGAUAGAGAGUUAUCAAAGAUGUUGCUCUAGUAUUGCGGCUUUUGAUUCAUUGGUGAGGGCUUGUACUCAGGUUGGGGCUACUGAAGGUGCUUAUGAUGUCAUCUAUAAUUUAAGGAGCCGUGGUUGUUUCAUUACUAUUCAUGCUUGGAAUAAUUUCCUAAAUCACUUGUUGCAAUUGAAUGAAAUCGAUAGGUUUUGGAAUUUGUAUAGAGGAAUGGGUUCUUUUGGUUACAUAGAAAAUGUGAAUACUUUUAAUUUGGUUAUCUAUGCUCUGUGUAAGGAGUACCGACUAGUGGAAGCUAUUUCAGUGUUAUAUAGGAUGAUGAAGGGUGGAAUUUUCCCCAAUGUAGUCUCGUUUAACAUAAUCAUAGACGCGGCUUGCAGGAUUGGCAACUUGGGUCUUUCCUUGAAACUUUUUAAAAGGAUGACUAUGAUGUCAGGGGAUUUUGUUUGGCCCAAUUCUAUUACUUACAACUGCAUAAUCAACGGGUUCUGCAAGACUGGGAAAUUAUUACUUGCAGAAGAAAUGCUUCAUAAAAUGGCCAAGGCAGGUAAAAAGCCGAGUGUUCGGGCAUAUGCUACUUUGAUAGAUGGGUAUGCUAGGUGGGGAAGUCUGGAGGAGGCACUGAGGCUCUGUGAUGUAAUGGUGGAAAGGGGAUUGGUCCCUAAUAAUGUUGUUUACAAUUCGAUUUUAUACUGGCUUUAUCGUGAAGGAGGGAUUGAGGAAGCUUCUUUGCUGCUAUCUGACAUGAUUGAUAAGCAUAUAUGGCCUGAUCAGUACUCAUAUGCAAUCCUUACCAAAGGCCUUUGCAGAAAUGGAAAUCUGACUGAAGCUCUUAAGCUUCAUAGCCAGAUUUUAGAACAAAACCUAAUACAUGAUUCUUUUUCUCACAACAUACUUCUUAACUAUAUAUGCAAAAGGAAAAACAUGGCAGUAGCUAAGCAACUAUUGGGCAACAUGAUUACCCGUGGCCUUGCUUUUGAUGUUUAUACAUACGGAACUAUGAUUGAUGGAUACUGUAAACUAGGUAACACUAACGAUGCUCUCCAAGUUUUUGAUUGGAUGAUAAAUAUGGAUGAGAAGCCCAACUUGACAAUAUACAAUUCUGUCAUUAAUGGUCUGUGUAAAAUGGCCUCAACAGAUGCUGCAGAAUACAUAGUUGAUGAAUUACGAAAGAGAAGAUUAUUUGAUGCAACGACCUUUAAUACCUUGAUUAGUGGAUAUUGCACUGCUGGACAGAUUGAUAAAGUGUUCAAUUUGACGAUGGAAAUGAAGAGCUUGGGAAUUUCUGCGAAUAGAGUAACAUAUAAUACACUGAUAAACCUUCUCUGCAAGUGUGGUUGCGAGGAGGAAGCAAAAGAAUUGAUGAAGAUGAUGAUUGUCCAGGGUAUUUGUCCUGAUUUUGUAACAUACACUACACUUGUUACUCACUUCAAGAAAUGUAGUCCUGAUGAGUUGAUUGCAUUGCAUGACUACAUGAUUCUAAAGGGAGUAGUCCCUCACCAGAAAACAUAUGAUAUCAUUGUAACACCACUUCUUUUAGAAGAAGGAUGAAAGAAAAGUCAUAAUACGACAUGUAUAGUAGUCUAAAAGGUUGUCCAGUCUCAGUUUGUCACUUUUCCAUUUUUUUUCUUUAAUACUAACAGAUCAUACCAUUCAUUCUUUAGUGUACCAAUCAUAUU